AUGAUUCCACUCAGCGAGAGCAUACAAAAACACGCACUUUCAUCGUGCAUCUAUCACAUCAAAGUAUUUACGAGGCACGAUCUGCUUUCUCAACCCUUUUUACCCGAGCUUCGGACGGUCAUCAAUGCCAGUUACCGCGACCAUGACAUAAACCCUAUAGGCAAGGUCGGCUAUCGAAUUCAAUCUGAUACUCAAGUUGCCGACGAAAUCGGAACUAGUGGCUUUACGGCUAUUGCAUUUGCUUCCAAUGAGAUUGUUGGCACUGCAAGUGUUAAGGACUGGGUUUCUGAGGCUGAUGGCAUUUCCUGGAAGCCAGAGAGCUAUUUUGCUGGAAAAGGCCCUGAGGAUGCUUCUUCUAUGGAAAUUCUGGGUUCCUAUAUCAAUGACAGCACCUUGGAUGUUGCUGAUUGUACGGGAGAUUUUGAACUUUUCUUGGUUGCUGUUAAGUCUGGCGAAAAAUACAGGAAAACGGGAAUUGCAGAGAAACUUAUAAAAGCGUGUGAGAAAGAACUCCGUGGACGGUUCACAUCAAGUCUUUCGCAGCCUGCCGAAAACGCUCAUUUGAGAAUCAUGCUCAAAGUUGUCAGGGAGAUUAAUGGGAAAUAUUGGUUGAAGAAAGGUUUUCAAAUUGUGGGUGAAUGUUAUUGUCCGCCUUUUACGUGGGAUCUUGAAAACGCUUUUAUUCUUUGGGCUAUGAGGAAGGAUCUGCCUAUCGAUGUACCAGCAAGUCAAGACUACAAGGGCAUUGCUUAG